AUGAAAUUCCUAGACAUCUUCUCCCACAGUUUGGAUUCCCUCGGAAAACAGGAGGUCUUUGGGAUAGGGGAAGACUACAAUUUGUAUUUCCUUGACGAUGCAGCGUACGCUCCUAAACUGAUUUCUCAAGUGACAGCAAAGCUGGCUCCCGUAGACUAUGUUGCUGCAGUAACGAAUCCGGAUAAACCAGUAUUGUCGAUAUCUUCGCAAGAUAAAUUUAAUCAGUCUGUCGUAACUAUCAAUUAUGGAACUACGGCGGAUAUUGCAACAAAACAAUAUCAAAUCAAUAGCGGUGUGUGGACCGAUUAUACUGGUGAAAUCGUGAUUACUCAAUCCGGUAACGUGACCAUUCAAGCGAGAUCUGCAGACAGCAAUGGUAACAUGAGUGAGGUUGGCGAGUUAACGAUUACUAGUGAUCCGAUUGUCAUUACUGCAGGUCAUCCAAAGAUCGAUAAAAUUGCUGCAGACGAAUUUAAAAUCAGCGCUGAUGCCACAGGUACCGUUAAGGUACAGGUAAGAGUGGAUGGAGCUGCGUGGCAAGGUUUUAAUACGGCUAACAACUUGCUAUUGACUCCCGGAAAUCACACAAUCGAAGUCAGAUUACUCAAUGAUCGUGAUCAAGAGCUAAUUAACAAAACGUUUGAUGUAACGGCAGAUAACCCGGCACCAGUAGUUGUUGGUAAACCGGUCGUCACACAGAAAGGACUCAGUAAUCUAUAUGGACUCGAUAUUGAGGUUUCGUAUGAUGCUUCUGAAGGAGAAGCACUGUACUCUAUUGACGGUGGCGAGUGGAUCGCUACCACAGGAUCAUUUAGCGUAUCCAACGCAGCUCAUACCAUUCGGGCUAAAGUUGUGACCACAGAUGGUAAAGAGAGUGAAAUCACAGAGUUUGUAACUACCGUCUCUCAGCCGAAAAUCACAGUGAAUGCAGACCAGGUUUCAAUCGAUCUGGGCAUCAAUACAAAUGAUGUUACUGUGCACUACAAAGACAGCAAUAAUCAAUGGGUGGAGUACACUGGCCCGGUAAGCUACGGUCCUGGUACACAUAACAUCGAGAUCGAAGUAAGGGACAACACGGGUACGCCAGUAUUUAAUGGGGGUCCUUACACCGUAAAGGUUAUUGAUCCAAACGCUGGAAAUCCAGGUGGCGGUGGUACAACACCUACUCCGAAUCCGGGAACAGGCGAUCCGAUUGGUGAGGAAGAUGUUGACUUUACAGUGAAUAGUGGGGGAAUUAGCUCUCGGUUUGAGGGUGCGGAUCUCUCAACAAUCAUCAUCGACAACACAAACCCAUACCAAUCUAUUAACUCUGUCAGCCGUGCUUUAAUCGAGGACAGCCGUGGAAACGGGAAAGGGUAUCAAUACAGCUUGGAUGUGACUGAUUUCGUAUCAGAUCCCAUGCAGGAUAACUCCACAAAUUCACAAAGCUUGGUUGUAAGCAUUCCGGCCAAUUCCUUGUCCGUGGAUGUACUUAAUACCAAAACGAUCACCGGCCCAGCAGCAGAGCUUUCAAACGUGGGUAAGCAUGUCUUCACCGGGACAGGCCCUGAAAUGCUGGCCACUGCAAGAGCAUUUGAAGGGAUGGGGUACGUUGAAAUUCCGCUCAACUUUACGCUGAGUAUUCCGGAUCGUGUUAAAAUCAUCUCUUCCGGAUCUGGAAGUAAAUUUGUACCUGGUGAAUCUACAGGUCUGAUGGCCGGUAUUUACAAGUCCAGAUUUACAUUCACACUCUCCUCAGGUAUU